AUGGCCAAGAAGAGAGGACCCUCCGUUCACUCCCGCGCCGCCCGUCGCGCAACUUCCCCGAGCAUCGACGCCGACAAGUCUCUAAAGGACGUCAAGCCUCCUCCUCGCAGCGCUCCUCACCGCCCCUCCGUCCUGGCUGCUCAGCACUCUGCCGGCGUUUCGAAAAAGUCCAAGCGCAAGACCGCCAUGUCGGCCAAGGCUCGUCGACGCCACGAGAAGGGUCUCGAGAUGGCGGAAGCUGUCAUUGAGCGCACAAAGAGCAAGGUUGAGAAGAGCAAGGGAAGGGGGAGGAAUAUUCAGCUUAGGAGUAAGGCUUGGGAGGAGAUUAACAAGGUUGCUGCUACUGAGGGGGAGGUCGAAGGGGAUGAGGUCGAGAAGCGCAACGUGGCCGUCGAGUUGGAUGAGGAUAUGGGUGGUGCUGACGAGGAGACCUUGACAGCUCCUGUGGUACCAGAUGCUGCGCCGGCUGCAGUACCUCUCCCCGUGGACGACGACGAGAUCCUAUGA